AUGUAUCUAGAGGUGAUGAUCAAGAGUUUCAUGUCAUUUUUAACCCCCAUUUUGCCCCCGGCAAUCUACCGUUGGCGACAUCGCAGUUUGAUCAAACAACGGUCUGGCGCUAGUACAGCAGUCGGAUUUAACGUUAGUCACAUCGUAUCUGCUGUUAUGGGCAGCUUGUCUGGUACCAACAGAAGCCUGGGGCUAGCGGGGAAUCUUGCCUACAAGGAAGAUGGAGGCAGUACAGUUUUGCACCCGAAAUCGACAGUCAGAGGUUCGAGAGUGUGUAGAGUAGGUACGUUACCUAGUGGAAGUUUCAAAGCCAACUUCAUACCCAGCUCCCCCCUACAUCUCCCGACAUCGCAAUUCGAAUGGUGUCCCUCAUACCGAGCCUUAUCUUCGACGGUCAUCGUCUCUUCCUUCUCCAGUCAUCUCGCACAGGCAGUGCGUGCUAAAAAAUAA